AUGAGCAGGGCCAUGCAGCUGCAGCGGCGGCGCGAGGCGGCGGCCGGCGGCGGUGCAGCGGGUGUGGUGCCCGCGCGGCGCCGGUUCGACGAUGAUGGUGAGGAGGAGGAGGAGCCCACGACGGCGGGGGGCGACGGGUGCAGGUGCCGGUCGUGCGCGGCGGUGAUGCUCGCGGACUGCAUCGCGCUGGGGUGCUGCCCCUGCGCGGUGGUCAGCAUGCUGAGCCUGGCGCUCGUCAAGGCCCCGCUCGUCGUCGGCCGUCGCUGCGUCGGCCGGCUCAGGAGCCGGAGGCGGACGCUGCUGCACAAGAAGCGCGUCAGCGACGCUGCUGGCGAGACGAAGGCGAUCGCGAAGGCGGAGGCCGACGCCGUCGUGGCCGACGACGACGCCGCCACCGCAUCCCCCGCCGAGGCGGCGGGUGCGGCCGGCGACGGAGACGGAGACGGAGACCUGGCGUGGCUGGAGGAGAUGUACCAGAUGGGACACUGGGGCUUUGGCCGCGUGUCCAUCUCCGGGAAAACCCCGUGA